CCCCUACAGUCUCCUCCUGUCCCACGUCCCUCUUGCCCUGUCCUCGUCCUCUCCUCUCUAAAAGGCAGGAUGAGGGGUGGUGUGUGUGUGUGGUGUGUUGGCCUCCUGAUUUUGGGGGUGCGAUGGAUACAAGGACAAAGUCAAACCAACUUCACAAGGCCAGUUUUCCGAUGUGGAGGUCAUUUAACAACAACUUCAGGCUUUGUGGCUAGUGAAGACUUCCCCACUCACUACAAACCCAACUCCAAAUGCACCUGGUACAUCAGCGUUCCAGAUGGUCAGGUGGUCAUGCUCCAGUUCCGUAUCUUCGACCUGGAGGCUGACCCUACCUGUCGCUACGACUACGUGGAUGUGUACAAUGGUCACUCGUACACGGUACAGAAGCUGGGCCGCUUCUGUGGAACGUUCCGGCCUGGCGCUCUCAUCUCCACAUCCAACCUCAUGAUGCUGGAGAUGGUGUCUGAUUCGGGCAACGGAGGGCGUGGAUUUCUGGCCUUCUUCAGCGGUGGAAAGCCACAUGUGGAUGAUAAUCAGUUUUGUGGUGGCAAGUUGACAAAGCCUCAGGGUUCAUUGAAGACUCCAAACUGGCCAGAGUCUAAUUACCCAGCAGGCAUCAGCUGUUCCUGGCACAUCUCUGUAGCAACCAACAUGGUGAUUGAGAUGAAGUUUGAGAAGCUGGACAUGGAGACAGAUACAUAUUGCCGCUAUGACUAUGUGGCACUAUUUAAUGGUGGAGAAUCAGACAAUUCACGACGCAUAGGCAAAUACUGCGGAGAUAUAGCACCAGAGCCAAUCGUGAGCAGAGGAAAUGAGCUAUUGGUGCAGUUUGUGUCUGACCUCAGUUUGACAGGGGCAGGAUUCAUGGCACACUAUAAGAGCAUCCCACGUGGCUCCCGAAUUGCAACACCAACCCUGGACACCGUUCCUGGACCUAAAAUUGACUCUGACCUUGUUAACUCAGUGCCUAACCCUGGAACGACAACUAAACCCAUGCGUAAAACUACACCUAAACCUAAAACAAUUGCUAAACCUAAAACAACACGGAAACCUUUGCUUGGGCCGCAGAAGCCUAAGACUACCAGACCACCUCCCAAACCAGUAAGACCUAAACCAGCAAGACCUACAAUUAAGCCCAAGCCUAAGCCUCCACAAAAACCUCCCAGUAGAGUUACACCAAAACCUGCAGCAAAACCAAAAGUGAAGGCCACAGCUAAACCAACUCCAAAGCCUAAGGUUAAACCAAAUAUUAAACCUGGUGUUAAGGCCACAGCCAAACCAGGCACUAAGCCCACACCUGCAUCUAAAGCCAAACCCAAACCCAAGCUUGUUGUGAAAACUACCCCAAAACCAAAAUCAAAGACCAAACCUGCCACCAACACAAGCACCAAGAUCACCCCUACAGCAAACAAAAAAUUAGAGAAUCCACAUUGUGCACAGCCAUGUAAGAGGACAGGCACUCUUCUGACCAGCUUCUGUCCCAACGACUUUGUGCUGACAGGGAAGGUGACAUCAGUUAGCCCAAGCUCUCGUGGCAGUGUUCAGGUGGAUGUGUACAUCAUGAAGGUGUAUAAGACAGGCAAACUUAACAUCACCAAGAGAGGUCCAAUUAUGUCAGUCACUCUUACUGUUCCCUGCCCGAAAUGCCCUGAACUUCGUAAAGGAGUAAACUACGUUUUGAUGGGCCAGGUGAAUGAAGACAGACAAGGCACUCUGAACCCUUCCAGCUUUGUCCUGCUCCAUAAGCAGGUGCAUGAUAAAGCACUGGCCAUGCUAGCUAAGAAAUCAUGCUAAGAUCACUCCAGCUCCACCAAUCACAGUGUGGCAAACCAGCACUAACAUCGGAGGCAGGAAAUUUGGGCUUAAUAUGAAACCUAACAAAAAUAUCACUUAUUUACUGUGCUUAAACAGAUUGUCAAUGCAUCUUGUUGCCACCACUACAAAUGAACUGUGAGGUGUGUAUCUACCUUUUAAUAAUAUAUUAUUUACCUCAACAUGAAAUACAGAAACUACAACCUUUUUAAACUUUCACCAAGAUGUGUACACAUGAAACGAAUAUGUGGAGCAGAUUUGUCACCUCGCAAAACAUGUUGAUCACAAUGUAUUUUGUAUUUUUAAUUAAAGGAUUUUAACUACA